AGAUUCAUCGUCUAUCAUGGACCAAACAGACAAGCUCUCAUCAGAGACCUUCAGAACGUUGACGUUGUCAUAACGACAUACGAGACACUCAGGUCAGACUGUGAUUCAAAGGGUCCGUUGUAUAACCUCAAGUGGUUUCGGCAGGUUCUUGACGAAGCUCAUCGGAUCCGUAACCGCUCUUCGCAGAACUUCAAGGCUGCAUGCCAGAUCAGAGCAAAACACAAGUGGUGUCUUACAGGCACACCGAUUCAUAGUUCACUUGAUGAUUAUGGUGCUUUACUCAGCUUCAUACGAACUCCACUUUUAGCAGAAAAGACACAGUUCGCUAGAUUGGUGGCACAUCCCAUCAAAAAGCAGCAGCAUCAUUCCGCGCAACGCUUGCAAGAUCUGGUGAAAGCCACAUGUCUUCGGCGGACGAAGAACACAUCUAGUCUUUCACUGAACCUUCCUGCACGAACGGAAAAUGUCGAGCUGGUUCGUUUGCACCUUCGUGACCUCGAGAUAUACGACUUCUUCAAGGCUGGAGUUGCUCGAAUGGCAGCCGGAACUCAUCAGGAAAAUGGCACCUCUGAUCUUGAUGGAUGGUUCAAAGGAAAGAAUAUCUUGGGUAUGAUCACAUGCCUGCGACGUGUCUGCGAUCAUGGGAAGCACCUCCUUCCUGUAGCAGCCUUGGAUGCCUGGACACAAAAAAACAGCUCACUUGUC